GAAUAUUAUGUGUUUUUAAAGUUACUUAAAAACAAAAAAACAACAAACCUGUAUUCCAAUAGUUGGGACAUUUCAUGUAGAUUUUUUGGAGUUAGAUAAUGGCAACUCACAGCCUUAUGUUCUAAGUGCUUUUCUUGUAUUAAACUGUUCUUUCUCAAAAGUGCUUCUCAGAGUAGGUUGUGCAGAAGGAACUGAGGCCCCAGGAUUAAGUGACUUGUCGAAGAUCACACAGCUAGUCAGCUGUGGAGCUGAUUUGAGCUCAGGCAGUGCAGCUCCAGAAUCUUUUGCUCGUGAGAUGAUUGUGUGGGGUUGCUUCUGAAGUGAAAUCUUUUUAGAACUUAGAUUUCACAGGAACUGAAAAGCAAGUUCUGUGGCUUUAAAAAGUAUUAUAUUACCUGAAUGAUUUUCUUUUUUGCAGUGUACUUUUUCAAUAAUGGAAUAUUCUUAAAUAAUCAUGAUACUAAAAAGCAACAAAAGAAACCCUUUAAGUGCCUCUUUGGGAAGUAAUAUUUUCUUGUGCACAUCAGCGCAAUUUUUGGUAAUUCCGUGUCUACCACACACUGUGAAAUUAAAGGAAAAUUUCAAAAAUGUUUCAAAUUCCCGUGGAGAAUCUUGACAACAUCAGGAAGGUACGGAAAAAGGUGAAAAGCAUUCUUAUGGAUAUUGGGCUUGACAGCUGCAAAGAGUUGCUGAAGGACCUUAAAGGCUUUGAUCCAGGAGAGAAGUACUUUUAUAACACAUCAUGGGGAGAUAUUUCUCUCUGGGAACCUUCUGGAAAGAAAGUGAGAUAUCGAACAAAACCAUACUGUUGUAGCCUCUGUAAAUACUCCACAAAAGUGCUUACUUCAUUCAAAAAUCAUUUACAUCGUUACCAUGAAGAUGAAAUUGACCAAGAGCUGGUGAUCCCUUGUCCAAACUGUGUGUUUUCCUCUCAACCCAGAGUUGUGGGAAGGCACUUCAGAAUGUUUCAUGCACCUGCUCGGAAAGUCCAGAACUACACUGUGAAUAUUUUAGGUGAAACUAAAUCAUCUAGGAGUGAUGUGAUAAGUUUUACAUGUUUAAAGUGUAACUUUUCAAACACUCUGUACUACAGCAUGAAGAAGCAUGUGCUGGUAGCCCAUUUUCACUACUUAAUUAAUUCCUACUUUGGCCUGAGAACUGAGGAGAUGGGUGAGCAACCAAGAGCUGACGACCCCCGUUCUACAGAGAAGAUGCCCCCAUCCGACAGGUAUUACUGUAAAAAGUGCAGCGCCAACGCCAGCAGCCAGGAUGCUUUAAUGUACCACAUCUUGACGUCAGAUAUACACAGGGAUUUGGAGAAUAAGCUUAGGUCUGUGAUCUCAGAACAUAUUAAGAAGACUGGACUUUUGAAGCAAAUGCAUAUUGCUCCAAAACCAGCUGCACGUGUGGCUGUACCACCCAACAGCAGUGCUCCGGGCAUCCCAGCCACAUCUCCUUGCUUCCACCUGGCCUUGCCACAGAACAGUCAGAGCCAAACUGUGGUACAGCCAGUUCAGGGUGCGCCCCCCCCGGUGACUGUGGCCUCGGGCGCUUCUGGAAGCCUCACCCACUCCCCGCCUGCCGUUGCCCAGUCUCAUGUGACUCUGGUCUCCAGUCCUCUGCCAGUGGGCCAGAGCAACCUCACUCUGCCGCCCUCAACACCUCAGCCUGUCUUUCUCUCUCAUGGAGUUCCACUUAAUCAGGCAGCAAACCCUCCUGCGUUGCCCUUGAGUCAGCCAGUGGGACCUGUAAAUAAGUCGGUCGGAACCGGCGUCCUCCCCAUAAAGCAGACCAUCCGCCCGGGGGUUUUGCCCCUCAGCCAGCCUGUUGGGCCCAUAAGCAGACCAGUUGGGCCUGGAGUUCUUUCGGUAAAUAGACCUGUUGCGUCCGGUGUCCUUCCUGUCAAUCCCUCUGUCACCCCUGGAGUUCUUCAGGCGGUCUCGCCAGGGGUGAUUUCUGUGAGUCGGACAGUCCCGUCAGGGGUCCUUCCUGCGGGACAGAUGACCCCUGCUGGGGUUAUCCCUUCAGGACAGACAGCAACUUCUGGGGUUCUCCCUGCUGGCCAGGUGGUUCAGUCAGGGGUUCUCCCCAUUGGCCAGACAGCGCCAUCGGGGGUGCUCCCCACUGGGCUGACAGUCCCGCCGCGGGUCCUCCCUCCUGGCCAGACGGUCCCACUGAGGGUUCUCCCUGCAGGCCAGGUAGUCCCACCUGGGCUUCUUCCUCCCAACCAGACGGUCUCGUCAGGUGUUCUCCCUGUGAACCAGGGUAUUAACUCUGGUGUUCUUCAGCUCAGUCAGCCUGUCGUGUCAGGGGUCCUUCCUGUGGGCCAGCCAGUGAGGCCGGGGGUCCUGCAGCUUAAUCCGUCUGUGAGUACCAGCAUCCUGCCUGCUCAUCAGCCCGUCAGACCCGGGGCUUCGCCAAACACCGCUUUCCUAACAUCAGGCUCUAUUCUCAGACAGCUGAUACCCACAGGGAAACAAGUGAAUGGGAUUCCCACAUACACGCUUGCCCCAGUAUCUGUCACUUUGCCUGUGCCCCCUGGAAGUGUCGCCACUGUUGCCCCCCCCCAGAUGCCCAUCCAGCUCCUGCAGUCGGGCACGGCUGCACAGAUGGCCAGCUCCAUGGCCAGCCUGCCCUCCCCACCAGUGGUGGUAAAUGCCACUCAGAAUAUGUUCGUUCAGCCUUCUUCGUCUGUGGCAGAGGCAAAUCAGGUACUCAAACAGGCAAAGCAGUGGAAAACUUGUCCAGUUUGCAACGAGCUCUUCCCUUCCAAUGUCUACCAGGUCCACAUGGAAGUGGCACAUAAGCACAGCGAAUCCAAAUCUGCUGAAACACUGGAGCCGGAAAAGCUAGCGGCAUGUGCACCGUUUCUAAAGUGGAUGAGAGAGAAAACAGUUAGGUGUUUGUCCUGUAAGUGCUUAGUCUCAGAGGAGGAGCUUAUCCGCCACUUGCUGGUGCACGGCCUGGGGUGCUUGUUCUGCCCGUGCACUUUCCAUGAUAUUAAAGGCCUCUCAGAGCAUAGUAGGGCUAUGCACCUAGGGAAGAGGAGACUGCCUGUGGACUAUAGCGACAAAGGAUUUCAGCUGGAUGUCGAUGCCAAUGGCAGCCUGCUGUUUCCCCACCUCGACUUCAUCACCAUCUUGCCCAGGGAGGAGCUGGGUGAGCGGGAGGUCUACUUGGCCGUGCUGGCUGGGAUACACUCCAAGUCACUGGUGCCCGUGUACAUCAAAGUGAGGCCGCAGACCGAGGGUGCGCCCGGGAGGCCUGGCAACCAGGCGCUGACCUGCCCUUUUUGCUUCGGCACCUUCGUGACGGCUGAGGCGUACGAGCUGCAUCUGAAGGAGCGGCACCACAUCAUGCCAACGGUGCACACGAUUUUGAAAUCCCCGGCUUUCAAGUGCAUCCACUGCUGUGGGGUUUACACGGGCAACAUGACUCUGGCAGCCAUUGCCAUACAUCUGCUGCGCUGUCGGAGUGCUCCAAAGGACAGCAGCUCAGGCCUGCAGGUCCAGCCUAAUUUUAUUGAGAACAGUGAACUGCUUUUAGUCAAUGGUGAGGUGAUACACGACUCCAGUUUUUCCGUAAAGAGAAAGAUGCCUGACGGCCAGUUUGGGGCUGAGGAGCAGAGGGAGGGCGAGGAGCGGCCUGUCACCACGAGCGCUGACACAGAGCCGUCCCCGGAGAAGGCGACGAGCGCCGUGCCUUCUAAAAGACAGAGGAGCGAAAGCAGGGCGGAGGCGCCCCUUGUUCACGACGACGCUCUCCAGGUUUUAGCGUUAAAUCCUAAAAGAUACGAAGACCGUUCUUACGAAGAAAAAAAGCAGUUUCUUAGAGAUUAUUUCCACAAGAGACCAUAUCCCAGUAAAAAGGAAAUAGAACUGUUAUCCUCACUCUUAUGGGUGUGGAAAAUUGACGUGGCUUCAUUUUUUGGAAAAAGAAGGUAUAUUUGCAUGAAAGCAAUAAAAAAUCACAAGCCUUCUGUACUUUUAGGCUUUGAUAUGUCUGAACUUAAAAAUGUUAAACACAGAUUGAACUUUGACUAUGAACCACAAAACUUGUAAAAAAAAUUAGGAAAUCUAAAGUACUAGAUACUUAGUAGUCUUUUUCAAUUGAGAUUUUUAAAAAUGUUAUUUUCUUCACUGUAUGUUGAACUAAUCAAUUUCAGUGGUCUUUAUGCUGCUCUUUAGGUUUAUUUCAGGUGCUCAGAAAGACUUCUAUAUAAAGAACUGAAUAGUUCUUUCAAAUUUAUUGUUUCCUGCAGCUUGAUUUUGUAACAGUUGUUUUUCAUUUUUCCUCUGUCAUGUAAAUUAAAUCUUUUGAUAUUUCA